AUGGAUACAAACGCUGUCCUUGACCUCGUUCACGAGGUACAGGGCCAACUCUGGGUCGAUAAAGUUAAUGAAGCCCACAGAACAGGCCGUCUCUGUCAGUGGGUAUCAACUUUCCAUCCCGAUAAGCUUCCUUGUCAACUCGACGGUUCCUUUUAUUAUGGCGCAUUCAAUGCCGGCAUAAAAAUGGUUUUCAGCGAUAGCACUGCUUGGAUGGUUCGUUUUCCUCGUGUGGGGAGAGUCUCUGAUGAUUACACCGACGAGAAGGUCGCCGUGGAGGUGACUGUUCUAAAUCUCAUCCGCAAUAGGACUACCAUUCCUGUCCCGACAGUCCACGCAUGGGGUUCUGCAUCAAGCAACAUGAUUGGCUUAGGGCCGUUUAUAAUUAUGGACUUCAUAUAUGGUGUUAGCCUUAGCGACCUUCUCAAGGAUCCUGACGCCGAGCGCCCAACUAGACUUAUGAAGGAAGACAUCAGCGACAGCGAAAUUAAAGCUAUCUACCGGCAAUUGGCAAAUUUUAUGCUUCAGCUCUUCAAGCUUGAUUUUGGCCGAGUUGGCAGCCUACCAUCGCCAACAGCUGUUGCCCAAAGCCCUACACCAAAUCGCCCGCUAACGUUCAAGGCCCAUAGCAUUCUACAAAAUGGAGGAGUUGACACCUUUGGUGAUCGAGACCAAGGUUUUACGACAACAACCGAAUAUUUCCAAUAUGUCAUCGGGCAGGACUGGAAACAGCUUCUUGACCAGUCAAACUCGGCUUUUGGCGUUUAUGAUGCUCAAAACAAAUAUUUGGCGUUCAAGGUCUUAAAAGACUUGAUACAUGAUUUUGUCAAUCCAAAGUAUGACCGUGGCAAAUUUAAGCUAAUUUGUGAUGAUCUCGGCUUAGCAAAUUUGAUCGUCCGGAGCAAGGAGGAUCUUACAGUUGUCGGAGUAGUAGAUCUUGAGUGGUCCUAUAUCGGACCCGCCCAGUUGUUUGGCUCAGCACCAUGGUGGCUUCUCCAGGAUAGACCUGUGAACAGCGUAUGGGACUACAAUGGUGAUGAGCCGCCCAAGAUUGCUGCUCGAUACUUCAAAUGCCUCGAUAUUUUCAUGCAUGUUUUAGAGGAGGAAGAGACAAAAAUGCCAGGAAACGAGGAGAGAGAGCUCUCCAGCCUCAUCAAGUGGUCGCAAGCCUCUGGGGCCAUGUGGCUGCAUAUGCUCCUUUCAUCCGGCUUCAAUGAGUGCCGUAGCUUUCCCUUUAUGCAGCUGCGCCGACAUUUGGGGGAUACUGAGUGGGCGAAGCGUGAAAUGGAAUUUGACAACGCAGAAGAGCUGGAAGAAUUUACGGCGCGGAAGUUGGGCGAAUUGGAUAGGUAUGAUGCAGCCUUGGAGAAGCUCGAGGGGGACAAAGAGCUCGUAGAUAGCAGGAGGAUGACGAAGGAGGAAUUCAUUGCAAAGGCAAUAGAAGAGCACAAUUGUCCCCACCUAUACAGCCAACGAGGACACAAGAAAUGA